CACAUCAGCAGGGACGGUUGGCAGAGCGUGGAGCUGCCCAAGCCAAACUGGAGAUGCUUGUCAAACCUAUUGGGAGGAUCUUUGUGGCUCUUGGUAUAAUCCUCUUUCUGGGAUGCCCGGGACAAGGAGCUCCUCAGAAAGGCCGGUACAUGUGGGUCCGAUGUAAACCUGAUGCCAAUUCUGCCAAUUGCAUUGAAGAAAAGGGACCAAGUUUUGUCAUGACAGAGGAGAAUGAGAAGAUCCUCUUUGAGGAAAACCCCACACGAGAGAUACUUCAAGACCAACCCAGUACUUUGCCAUUUUCUGGAGACGAAGAAGGAUCUGGCAACGAAGCUGAUCCUGAGACAGGAUCGGGUUUUGAGUAUGAUAUGGAAGAGCCCAGUGUGUCUGAUUUCGUGAACCAACCAAAUGUGAAUCUGAAGCUUAAGCUAUCAAAUGAAGGCUUAUUUCCUCAUGAAAACAUACUGUGAUUUAUGUUAUGCCUCAAUGUAAACUUUCUUUUUAACCUAUCAUAGGUUUUGACGAAAUGUAUACCCUAGACCAGGCACAUAUAUGUUAUAAAAUAUUACAGCUAACCAUGGAUAUCU